AUGACUUAUUCAACUCAGCUAGCCGCCCUAGAGGCCUUUCUUCAAGGCUAUCCCGCGAUCAAAUAUACGCCCCAGUCUUCGCCUGAGUACUCCACUGCUCGCAAGGUGUUUAAUAGCGCGCGUCGCGAUAACCCCCUGGCUAUCGUCCAGCCAUGCCCGCUUAUCGACCUGCGUGCCCUGACUGCCGUCACUGUCGCUCCAGAUCGCAAAUCUGCCAUCGUCCAAGGUGGAACCCUCCAAGUUGAGCUCGGGAAAAAGCUCUGGGCAGAGGGCCUAGGCACCCCGACAGGAGCAAUCCCGUCCGUUGGCUACGUUGGCUGGGCCACUUACGGCGGGUAUGGACCCUUCUCCUCGCACUGGGGCCUGGGAGUCGACCAGAUUCUCGGUGCAACUAUUGUAAACGCCGAAGGGGAUAUUGUCAAAGCCGACGAAUCUCUUCUACAGGGUAUCCGCGGCGCUGGUGGUCUUUACGGUAUUAUUAUUGACCUCACAGUUAAGGUUUACCCGCUCACUAGCCUUCUGGCCGGGGCUAUUAUUUUCGAAUCUUCCAACAUCAUUAAAACUUGCAUCGACUUUAACACCGCCUAUGAAAGGCUCCUCGAUGCUGAAGGGCUACCACCGCAACUCACAGUCCAGCAAAUGGCCUUCAAUGCUCAUACCGGACGUUGCUUUGCCGCCAUCUUCACCUGGAGCGGUGCCGACAUCAUAGAAGGCCAACGCUGGAGCAAGAAAACCGCCAAUCUUGGCCCUCUCCUGGUAAAUACCGUCGCCUCCACCAACAUCCCGGAAUGGUUUAGUGGCAAUGAGCCCCUUGUCCCACUGGCGGCCUCCGGUUCUGCCUACACACAUAGCGUCAGCCGUGUGUCUCCAGCCAUUGCCAAGACUAUCGGACAAAGUCUCGCCUGUAUGCCAUCCGACCCGGGCACCAUGAUGUCUAUUCAUCAGCUUCGUGGGCCGUCAACGGAGCCGCAAGGACAUUCUUCUUCUGUUUUUGCGGUUAGGGAGCCCCACUAUAUGCUGGAAUUUCUGGGGUUCACUGUACAGAAGAGCCUGCAAGAAGAGUCGGAGAAGUGGGCUGCUCAGAUAGCAGAGGACACUAGACUGGCCGACCGUACUUAUGUAUUACCUUGGGCGUAUGUGUCUUUGUAUAAUGCUACUGCUCAGGCAAACUCGUCGGCGGAAGCUCUAAGAAAGACGUAUGGGUCGAAGGUGGAAUUGGUAAAAGCACUGAAGGCCAAGUUCGACCCGGCAAACGUGUUUAGAUUGACGGUACCUGUGUUGGGGUAUAUCGGUGCAGAGAGUUGUGGAUAG